CUUGACUCCCUUCUACCAUGUCGAAAAUCCAGCAACCUUCGAAUCAAAUCAAGCUUACGAACGUCUCCGUGGUAAAACUAAAGAAAGGCGGCAAGCGUUUCGAAAUCGCAUGUUACAAGAAUAAAGUACAAGAGUGGAGAAAUGGCGUAGAAACCAAUUUAGACGACGUUCUUCAAAUAAGUAACGUUUUCGUGAACGUCUCCAAGGGCGAAGUAGCCAAACACGGUGACCUGAAAAAAUGUUUUGGGACAACCGAUAUUCCUGAUAUCGUUACAGAGAUCCUCAAGAAGGGCGAGAUGCAAGUUAACGAGAAGGAGCGCGAUCAUGAUCUCUCGGCGCUUCGCAAGGAAAUACUCAACUUGGAAACCCAAAGACCCCUUCCAAGGCCUGGAUUCAGCGUAAAGCAGAACAAGACUGCGAAAAGCCAAGUAUCAGAGUGUAUAAAGCUCAUCCAGUCAAAUUCCACGCUACCGAUACAGCGUGCAAGGAUGCGUGUCCGUGUAACCAUACCGCCUGCAGAUGGCAAACGGCUCAGGGAAAAAAUACUAGAAGGAGCAGAGAAAGAUGAAUGGGAAGUUGUGAUGCUCAUAGAUCCUGGCCAAUUCCGUGUGAUCAACGAGAUCCUGCAGAAAGAAUGCAAGGGCAGAGGGCGAAUCGAGACAAUGACCUUUGCGGCAACGGCGACAAACUAGACCUUAGGGCUUUUGUAUAUUUAGAGCACUGUAUCUUUAGGUAGACUUAGAUGACAU